AUGAGGCCACUGUUGAGCAUGAUGAGUUUCAUGCUGUUGGGUAUGGAGACCAAGCUGUUGGUCCCCGAGGUCCUCAAGUCCUUCUUCUUCGCCUUCUUCUCCAGAUCAUAUCUUGGCGCUGACCUGGAGCGGUAUUUUCGUUGGCUGGUGGCCACCGACGUACCGCGUUGGCCCGUGCGCGACGACAUUUUGUCUUCACCGACGGUUCCC